UUUGAGCCAAAACAAACUUCAAUUUUUUUUAAAUUGGCCGUUUUAAUUCUAGUCUUUUGUUGACUUAGCCAAAUUAGAAACUCAUAUAAGUCCACGGUUAAAUACAUAAACGUCUGUUAAUUCUGAAAACGUCGUCGUUUUAAAACCUAAUUACACAUUAAUGAAACAGCGUCGUUUUACGUUUCUAAACUCACAAAACAUCAUCUCUUUCACGAAAAACCCAGACUGCAAAUCAAAAACCCUAGAUUUUCUAAUUCUCUACUCUCUCAAUUCCCAAAUCUCCGAUGAAAACAAGCUGUAGUGCUAACUCCGGCGAAAGGUAAUCUCUCGAUGCAUCUCGAUUUCUUGUUAGUUUUAUGGUUGUAAAUGUUGGCUGUUAUCUUUAGGAAGUCUCGUUCUAUGUCUGAGGAAGGUGAAAGUCGUGCAACAAAGUAUUCUUCUAUGUCUGAGGAAGAUGAGAUUCGUGGAUUUCCGACAAAGUGUUUCUGUGGACGUUUAAGUGUGGUUUUGAUAUCAAAGACGAAGGAGAAUCCUGGUCGUCCCUUCUUUCGUUGUCCGAGUUUUAAAGAGGAUCACUUGUUCAAAUGGGUUGAAGAUGCAGUAUAUGAAGAAGUCGAAGAUGCCUUACCUAGAGUUGGUAACUUGGAAACAGAACUGGGCAAUGUGAAAGCUGAUGUUGAAGAGCUCAAAUGCGUGAUCCAUGAGAUGAAGGAUGAGUUAGUGUGUCACAAAAGAGAAAUUAAGAAGCUCAAAGUGAUAUGCAAGACUCUUUUGGUGUCUGCUCUCUUCUUAAGUAUGGCUAUGGUUUAUAUUUUUGUUGUUGGCAAAGGUGAAGAGAAGAAGUUCACUAGUUUGUAAUGUGUCUUGUAUGUUCUUUUAUUUAGUGCUGUUGUUGUUAUAUGACUGAUCGUUUAUGGCUAUGCUUCGGAUUGUAUUACUUUAAGGAUUAUAAAUGUGAUUUUUCUUUUGCUCUAAUGAAUUCAAGUUUGCUAAAACAAGCUUUGACAACCCAUAUAUGAAACCGAACAAAACAUUGGUUAGU